AUGAAAGCUCAACGUAGGAGGGAUGGAGAAGAGGAGAUCCAAAGCUGGAGGCUUAUGAAGCGGAUCAUGGAGAAGCGAUUUGUCUCUCAUUAUUAUAAGCAGGAACUAUACAUCAAGUUACAAAGCUUGAGACAAGGGGGGAUGUGUGUUGAGGAUUAUGUUAAAGAAUUUGAGAUGCUGAUGAUGAGAUGUGAUUUGCGAGAACCUCAAGAACAGACCAUUGCAAGAUUCUUAAGAGACUUGAACAAGGAGAUUGUUGAUACGAUGGAGUUGCAAUCUUAUGUAUUCCUUGACGAUGUGAUCAAACUUGCUGUUAAGGUAGAGAGACAGCGCAAGCGUGGUGCAAGUAAGCCAAGUAAAACAACCAACUCAUCUUCCUUAUCACCACAGUCCGUCCCUAAGGCAGUUCCAAAACAAGUAGAAAAAGGUGAUUCUAACAAGCAAGUCACAGAUGCGGCCAAAGAAAAAGAGAAGGUGGAAAAUUCACAACCUCCCAAGCGAAGCCGAGAUAUCAAGUGUUUCAAGUGUCUUGGUUAUGGUCAUAUAGCCUCUGAAUGUCCAAACAAGAGGGUGAUGUUCAUUCGGGAGUCACAAGAAGAUAUUGAAAAUGAAGGAGAGCUGUUGGUUAUUCACCGCAACGUGAACCUACAAGCCAAAGUGGAUGAUGAGCAGCGCGAAAAUAUCUUCGAUACUAGGUGCACCAUCCAUGAUAAGUUAUGUGGUGUUAUCAUUCAUGGAGAUAGUUGUACCAAUGUGGCUUCUACUAUUUUGGUGGAAAAACUUAAUCUGGUCACUAUUAAGCAUCCCUGUCCCUAUAGAUUGCAAUGGCUCACUAACGAUGGUGAUGUGAAGGUUACAAAGCAGGUUGUAGUACCUUUCUCUAUUGGCAAAUCUUACAAAAAUGAGGUUAUUUGUGAUGUCGUUCCUUUAAAAGCCAGCCAUCUUCUUUUAGGAUGGCCAUGGCAGUACGAUCGGAGGGCUAUUCAUGAUGGCUUCAAAAAUACCUAUACAUUUGCCAAGAACGGAAAGAACAUAGUGUUGGCACUACUUAGCCUGCAACAAAUCCAGAAGGAUCAGCUUGUGAUCAAAAAGGCCAAGCAGGUUCCAGGUGAAGAAGUCUCCCUUCCACUAUAUGGCAACCUCAAAAAGUGUCAUUUUUGUCAGGAUCGCAUAGUUUUUCUUGGCUAUGUUGUGUCACAACAUGGAGUGGAAGUUGAUGAGGAAAAGUUGAAAGCGAUCAAGGAGUGGCCUGUUCCUACUAAUGUAUCUGAAGUGAGGAGUUUUCAUGGCCUAGCAUCCUUUUAUCGAAGGUUUGUGAGGAACUUCAGUACUAUUCUUGCUCCUAUCACUGCAUGCAUCAAGAAAGGAGGAGAAUUCAAAUGGACUGAAACAGCCCAAAGGAGCUUCGAGUUGAUUAAGGAGAAGUUGAGUUCAGCACCCAUUCUAGCUCUAUCCGAUUUUUUCAAGAUUUUUAAGGUAGAAUAUGAUGCCUCUGGUGUGGGCAUGGGAGCUGUUCUGAUGCAAGAAGGGUGUCGCAUAGCAUAUUUCAGUGAGAUGUUGAAUGGUACAAGCUUGAGCUACUUUAUCUAUGACAAGGAGCACUACGCUCUGAUUCGAGCUUUGGAGACUUGGCAACAUUAUUUAUUGCCAAAGGAGUUCGUCAUCCAUACUGAUCAUGAGUCUUUGAAGCACUUGAAAGGACAAAGCAAGCUGAAUCGUAAACAUGCCAAGUGGAAGGAAUUCUUGAAAACCUUUCCUUAUGUGAUCAAAUACAAAAAAGAGAAUGUCAAUAUCGUGGCUGAUGCACUUUCCAGGAGGUAUGCUUUGAUUUCAUUGCUUAAUGCUAUACUAAUGGGAUUUGAGUUGAUUAUAGAUCGAUACAAGGAUGAUCCAAAUUUUACAAAUAUUUAUGAAGAGUGUGAGAAAGGAGUUGUAAAUAGCUAUUACAGGCAUGACGGAUACUUGUUUAGGUCAUGUCGACUGUGCAUUCCUAACAGUUCCAUUCGAGAGCUUUUGGUGAGAGAAGCUCAUGGUGGUGGAUUGGCGGGUCAUUUUGGAGAGAAGAAAAUAUUGGAGAUGGUGAAAGACCACUUUUAUUGGCCAGCUAUGAUUUGUGAUGUGCAUCACGUCAUCGAGAGUAUUCAUAGUACUACUAAGCAUUCUCCUUUUGAAGUGGUUUAUGGGUUUAAUCCUAUCACCCCACUUGAUUUGGCACCACUUCCAAUCAGUGAAAGGGUUUGUGUGGAUGGGAAGAAGAAAGCUGAGUUGGCUAAGUCCAUGCAUAAGAGCAUCAAGGAGCAGAUUGAGAGGAAGAAUACGGCAUAA